AUGGCUAAGUUGUUAGCACAUUUCUUUGCCUUCUCUCUCUUUAUGGCCUUCAGGAUUGCAACAAGCGAGCCAAUAUUAAUAUCAUGCCGCCAAACCCCUUAUCCUCAUGUGUGUAGUUCCAUGGUAAGCUCUAGCCCUCUAUUCGCCCAAGCCAAAACACAGUCCGGGUUCCGUCACUUAGCCCUGCAGGCAGCCAUAGACCGAGCAAUUCGAGCACAUGAGCUUGCAUCCACCAUGGAUGUCAGCUCGCUCGAUGAGCGAGUGAAAGCUGCAUGGGCUGAUUGCUUGGAGCUCUGCGAGGACACCAUCGGCAAGCUUAACCGGUCGAUGAGCUCGUCGUCAUAUGACGAUGCUCAGACAUGGCUAAGUGCAGCGAUGGCCAAUCAACAGACAUGUCGAAAUGGAUUUCUUGAGCUUGAUUCUUCCUUUCCCUUGGGGUCAUCACCCUUCAUGUCUUAUAACAUAUCGGAGUCGCUAAGCAACUUGCUAGCCAUUAACAUGGCAACAACUCCCGCCAUGUCAGGUGGUAAUCGUCGGUUGCUCUCCGAUGGGUUCCCGAAUUGGCUAUCUGCCACCGAUCGAAAGCUUCUUCGAUCUUCGACGAUAAAUGCUGAUCUUGUGGUGGCCAAAGAUGGAUCCGGAGAUUACAAAACCAUCUCAGAAGCCAUUGCAGCUGCUAUGAAACAAAGCAGCGGCAAAUCAAGAUUUGUAAUUCAUGUCAAAACCGGUGUAUACGACGAGAAUGUCCAAACAUCAAUGAAGAAUCUCAUGAUAAUUGGAGAUGGAAUGGAUGCUACCGUUGUUACCGGUAGUAAGAAUGUGAAAGAUGGUUCCACGACGUUCCGUUCUGCGACCUUUGCGGUCACCGGCGAUGGCUUCAUCGCCCGAGACAUGACCUUCGAGAACACGGCAGGACCCCAGAAGCAGCAGGCGGUCGCCCUCCGGUCAGGCUCGGACCUCUCGGUCUUCUACCAGUGCAGCUUCAAGGGCUACCAGGACACCCUCUACGUCUACUCCCAGCGGCAAUUCUACCGCAACUGCGACAUCUACGGCACGGUCGACUUCAUCUUCGGCGACGCCGCAGUGGUCCUCCAGAACUGCAACAUGCACGUCAGGAAGCCAAUGAGCGGCCAGAAGAACACGGUGACGGCACAGGGGCGGACCGACCCGAACGAGAACACCGGGAUAUCGAUUCACGAUUCGGCGGUCACGGCAGCAUCGGACCUCAAGCCGGUGCAGGGCUCAUUCGAGACCUAUCUUGGCCGGCCAUGGCAGGAGUACUCCAGGACGGUGUUCAUGAAGACGUCACUAGAUAGCCUUAUUGAUCCAGCAGGGUGGCUCGAAUGGAGUGGAAACUUUGCUCUGAGUACUUUGUAUUAUGGGGAGUACAUGAACACCGGGCCAGGGGCUGAUACUAGUCAGCGGGUGAAGUGGCCCGGAUACCAUGUUAUCACGAGUGCAGCGGAGGCCAGCAAGUUCACAGUGGGGAACUUCCUGUCCGGGAACUCAUGGAUUCCGGCCACUGAGGUCCCAUUCACGUCCGGUCUUUGAGUUGAUCAUAAGCCAAGGCCCUUCCUAUUGUUUGUUACAUGUAUUUUUCGUUUGUAAGUCAAUGAAUAAUAAUGCAGCAAUUGUCACAGUAUUAGUCAUG